GGGGGCUCGGGCUGAUGUACUUAAAGUCACUGACCAGCCACAUUGCUCAUUCGCGGCUGUCGGAGCAGGUGGCUGUGCAGGCAGCCCAGGUGCAGGGAGCCCAGGCCAGCAGGAUGGAGUCGCAGCUGGAAAGCGCCAUGAUGACACUGAUCACCAUCUUCCACAAGUACUCGGGCAAGGAGGGCGACAAGUACAAGCUGAGCAAGAAGGAGCUGAAGGACCUGCUGCAGGGCGAGCUCAGCAGCUUCCUGGAGGUGCAGAAGGACACGAGUGCCAUGGACAAGAUCAUGCAGGACCUGGAUGAGGACAGGGAUGGCGAGGUGGAUUUCCAGGAGUACGUGGUGCUGGUGGCUGCCCUCACCGUGGCCUGCAACACUUUCUUCUGGGAUGACUCUUGAGCCCAGGGCCAGGCCCCAGAGCCCCGUGGGAGUCGCACUCGCUGCCCCAUCCCCACAGCCCCCAGCUUCCCGGCUCAGAGCCAGCCUAGACCCUGCUACGCAGAGCCGUGCAUUAAAGCCUCCGACCAGC